AUGAAUUCCGGCAGCGUGCAGCCGAGCAACGGAAGUUUCGCAUUCCCGGAAAAGAACUCACGAAUAAGACCUGAUUCUCCCCAUCGCCCCGAAGAUGUUCUUGGAGAUACGUGUCAAAGAACAGGAAGUAUAUCUCGAAGGAAUGAGAUGAGUCAGACCCCAAUACUUGUAUGUGAAAUUUUUGAUGUGUGGGGAAUCGAUUUUAUAGGUCCAUUUCCUUCUUCUUUUGGUUUUACAUACAUAUUACUUGUUGUUGAUUAUGUUUCCAAAUGGGUGGAAGCUAAAGCCACCAGAAUUGAUGAUUCUAAAGUUGUUGUAGAUUUUGUCAAGUCAAAUAUUUUCAGCAGGUUUGGAAUUCCUAGAGCUUUGAUCAGUGACAGAGGCACUCAUUUUUAUUUUUGCGAUAGAGGCACUCAUUUUUGCAAUAGAGCUGUGGAGGCAUUAUUAAAGAAAUAUGGUGUUUUUCAUAGAGUUUCUACAGCUUAUCAUCCUCAAACAACUGGGCAAGCUGAGGUAUCAAACAGAGAGGUGAAGUCUAUCCUAGAGAAGAUGGUGAAGCCAAAUAGAAGGGAUUGGAGCCUUAGACUUGAUGAUGCUUCUUGUGAUGCUUUGUGGGCCUUAACAGGACAGCCUAAUAAAGACACCCAUAGGUUGUCCCCUUUACAGGUUGGUUUUUGGUAA